GCAGUACACAAAGGCCUUAGAAGAGCGGCUGCAGGUAGGAGCGAGUCUCCGGGAAUAAGGGAGAUUGUUUGGGAGUGGGGAUUCAACACCGACUGAGGGACUUCAGACACCGUGACCCGCAAUCCCGGGACAGUCCUGCUCUCUUCCCUCUCUCUCAGCCCCACCAUCCGUACACGGGCCCCGGGGAGCUUCCGGCUGAUGAGGGAAUGGGAACCGAUGGAUCUCUCAGACAGAGCUGAGCUCCAGCUGUCUAAAUGCAAGGAUCGGGAACUCGGAGAAAGGGAACAAAAUCUUUUACAUCAGCUGUUGAGAAAAUCACCUUUGUUCUGCCUCCAGUCACAAACAAGAGAAAAUCUGCAGAGAGGGCACAGUUUUAAGGUGCUUGGAAGCAGGUACGAGGGAGAUGUCAGGGGUGUUGUGUUCUUUAUACAUACCGUGGGUUACUAAUAACAAACUAUAUUCUGGCAGAAUUGAACUUUAAUUUAACAGCAACAAAACCACGUUUUACACUGCCAUGCUUCUCCAUCAUUCUUCAUUUCUGCUCAUGUCAGGAACUCUGUCCAGUCACGUCCUGACACGUGAUAUCACCACAAGAGGUUAAAAAUUACAAGGAAUUUGUCUACGGGAAUCUGGAACACAACACGCCAGUUUAGCUGUCUCUGUCCAGAUAUUUAAGAAGUGGAGCAAGGGAGUCACUCAAUUAUACUUCCUGCUUAGACUGUGGAGAGGAAGUCACUCGGUCAUCUGACCGACUGGCACGCCUGUCAUUUUACACGGGGGAGACCAUUUGUCUGCUCAGACAGUGGGAAUGGAUUCACUCAGUCAUUUCAACUGAAGGUACAUCAGCAAGUUCACACUGGACAAGGCCAUUCACCUCUUCUGUGUAUGAGAAGGGAUUCAGUCAGUCAUCCCACCUGUGGACACACCAGUCAGUUCACACUGAGCAGAGGCUAGUCAUCUGCUGAAUUUGAGGAGAAGGAUUUACUCGGUCAUUCGACCUAAUGGCUCACCAGCGAGUUCACACCAGGGAGCAGCUGUUCACCUGUUCAAAAUGUGGGAAGGGAUUCACUCAGUCAUCCACCCUAAUGGCACACCAGCGAGUUCACACUGGGGAGCGGCCGUUCACCUGCUCGGACUGUGGGAAAGGAUUCACUUGCUCAUCUAAUCUGAAGGUACAUCAGCGAGUUCACACUGGAGAGAGGCCGUUCUCCUGCUCAGACUGUGGGAAGGGAUUCACUCAGUCAUCCAAACUGAAGGUACAUCAGCGAGUUCACACCGGGGAGAGGCCGUUCACCUGCUCGGACUGCGGGAAGGGAUUCACUCGGUCAUCCGACCUGCUGGUACACAUGUCAGUUCACACUGGGGAGUGGCCAUUCACCUGCUCAGAUUGCGGGAAGGGAUUUGCUCGGUCAUCUCAACUGAAGGUACAUCAGCGAGUUCACAAUGGGGAGAUGCCAUUCAGCUGUUCAGUCUGCGGGAAGAGAUUCACUUGGUCAUCCGACCUACUGGUACACAAGUCAGUUCACACUGGGGAGAGGCCAUUCACCUGUUCAGUUUGCGGGAAGGGAUUCACUUUGUCAUCUCAACUAAAGGUACAUGAGAGAGUUCACACUGGGGAGAGGCCGUUCACAUGCUCAGAGUGUGGGAAAGGAUUCACUCAGUCAUCCAGCCUACAAGCACACUGGUCUGUUCACACUGGGGAGCGGCCAUUCACCUGCUCAUACUGUGGGAAGCGAUUCGCUCAUUCAUCUCAACUGAAGGUACAUCAGCGAGUUCACACUGGAGAGAGGCCGUUCACAUGCUCAGACUGCGGGAUGGGAUUCACUCAGUCAUCCACCCUAAUGGCACACCAGCGAGUUCACACCGGGGAGAGGCCGUUCACCUGCUCAGUGUGUGGGAAGGGAUUCACUUGGCCAUCUCAACUGCAGAGACACCAGCAAGUUCACACUGGGUAGAGGCUGAUCACCUGCUGUGAUUGUGGAAAGUGAUUCACUCAGUCAUCUAACGUUAUGUAACUCUUGCUUCAGCUAGCAGCUUAAUAUUGUGGGGUGACAGACACCAGCCUGACCAAACUUAAGAAAUCUCGUUUGGGUGGAUGCUGUGUGAUGUGUCCCCUGUUACAGAUCAGUACCCGGAAAUAACAAAUAGUACACAAGAUGCGAAAAAAAGUUUGAGCUUUAUAAUUCUCACUUUGACUAUAUGGUUAGUGAAGUAAACAAAAAGAAAAAGGGCCCACUCUCUCCAUUCACAUCUUCUCAUCUCUCCUCAGCAAAAGACCAUGAAAAUCUCUCUUCCAGACUCACAAGGAAGAACAUUUCUCUCAUUGGAUAGCCCCGCAUUCAAAACCCUGUUAUCUCCAGUCGUAACCUAAACAUUACUGCUACAGAGAAACCACUACCUCAGCAGUGAAACAUUACAGGGAGGCCAUUACAUUGGAAGUGAAACUUACAGCGUAUUACACUUGUGACACACUACGGGGUUCACACUGGGGAGGAAGUUUCAAUAAGCUGCAUGCUGGAUAUUUGUCCAUCACCGUUGCUGAAUGCAAUUUCGAGAGUGACUGUCGGUGCUGAACUCUGCAAUUAUUGCUGCUGCUCACCACACCCAGUUCUGCACCCUGGUCACUGGGCAUGGGAGGAGUUUCUUCUGCUGCAUAUUCACCUUUAAUGGGACUGGAGGUUAAUAUUCUGCAUCUGUGACAAAUAAAUCAGUUCUAUUUUAAACUCUGUCUUUGGUACUUUGUGAAUUUAUUACACAGCUAGUGUACAGUCGAGAGUCAACUCAGUCUGGCUGGACCCGGCCAGUGAUUCUGUUCCACGAAAUUCCUUUGAAAUCCUCCCCUGUUGUUCAUCUCUCGCUCUCCCUGUGGUGAUGGCUUCCAGUCACCACUCUGUGGGUGAAGAAAUUUCCCUUGAAUUUUUGUGCAGACUGAAGAAGUCAAGUUGACUGCAGUUCUGUCUGAGCUGUUCUUCGCCCCUCUAAUCUCUGGGCUGAGGAAGAAUGACAUUGGUAGUUAACCUCCUUAUUCUGGGCUCAUUUGCACAUUAUGGGUCAUUUUCCCUGCUUCUAAAUGGUUGUUAGAAAACACCACCGUCCUCUAAAGACUGAAAGCAGAAUGGGAAACCAUUAGUUGGAUGUUCAACAGAGUAGGGUCAGAAACCAGAGGCGGGUCCGCACGGGGCAGAGUUUGGGGCUCUGGAUGAUGGUCGGGGUAAGAAUAUGUGAUGAGGAGAAGGGAAUCAGCAGCGGGGUGUGGCAACGAAUGACAGAGUAGCAACAUUUGGAAGCUGAUUGACAGAGAAAAUAAUUUGGUUGUCUGACUGAUGACACAAACAAUAUCUGGUGUGAGGUGCUCCACUGAUCGAGGCACGUGUGUGGUGGGAAUGGCUAUAUCUAUUGAGGGAGUUGUUCCUGCUUGUUUAUCCUGUUACGUUAUACCCAGAUGGUUAUUAUGGAUUGUCCUAUCUGAAAUAAUGUAUUGGUUAUCUAUAGUUUGUGAGAUUUUGACUCUAAAACUGGAACAGGCUUGAAUGUACGGUGCCAUGAUGAAAUGGAGGUCAGUUUGUAUUUUAAAGCAAGAUUCUGGUCAAUGAUAUUUGCCACUUGAUUGUAAUCAAAUUGAGUUCAACUGCUGCAGGAUCGUGGAAUGUGUUGGAAUGUGUCUGGUUUCUCUUGUUAUUCCCUGCAUUUAUUCCCCUGUUUGUUUGUAUUGUACAACGUUUGCAUGUAGUUUUGAUUUUUUUCUUAUUUUUGUUAACCACCUUGUCCUGUAUUUCUGCAAGGAACCCCUGUUUCUGGGAAGAGGUCUCCAACUCUCAGUCAGGUGCUCGAUGCUUCCUUGUCAACAUCUGGUCUGCUCAGAUCGUUGGGAUGUCUCCCAUGGAGGGUCAAACUCAUUCCACUGGUUAAUGUUUUCUUCCAUAGUGAUGAUUCAUUUUUCUGAGUGGGCCUCUCAUUUAAGUUUUCUAGUCUGUAUUUUAUUGCAUAUGCUGAAUCCUGUACAUUUUUGAUGAAAAUAUAUACUUAGAAGCUUUAUCUGACUGUUGAGUGUUUUUUUUUUCAUGUGUGUUAUUUCUCUUCCUCCUUCUGUCCAAGGCAGUGUUAAUCUAAGUGGGUCUGUGUGUAAAUAGUCUUUUCUAAAGUUCUUACUUUUCUUUGUGUAUUUUACUGAUUGAAAUGGGACCAAGAUAUUUCUAUAAAAAAAUUCAAUGUCGGUAUUGAUGAAAGAAGUACUUGCUUUUGUUGUGUUUGUUAACUACUGAGCUCUG